AUGCGUGUAUUUACAAAUUAUUUAAAACUAGGCGAGGCUUUAACCCAAAUAUGGAUUAAUAGAUACACAUUGGUGCUAAUUCUAGCAAUUCUAAAGCUCACAUUUUUCACCAAAUCUUUGGUAUUAGCAUUAAAUAAUUCAGAAUCUUACAUUCUUUCGAAUUGUUCUACAAUUGAUAAAAUAUACUCUAGCGUGAUUGAAAACACACCUCAUUAUUUAGGUUUGAUGGGGAACUAUAUGGUGGAAAAAUCAAUGAUUGCAACAGUCAAGGCCUCACUUGAAACGUUGACACUUCUAGUUUAUGCUAGUGAAGAAUUGCUCACAUUUGUAGUAGAUUUAUAUUUGGGAACUUACGCCUGUUUAAUUGUAAGUGCAAUUGAUGGCACAGUGGAUGUAGCAACAAAUACUACGGAAAAAUUAUUAGGAGCAAUUAAUGGAACUGUACAUAACAUUGCAAAUGACCUUGAUGAUGGAUUGGAUGAUCUAACAAAGAUCAUUAAUAAAAUUUUAAGCGCAGCCUCAAAAGUUGAGAAUUUUUUUACUGAUGAUGACGAUGAUGAUGACAGUGAUAGUACCACCAAUAAGAUUAAAACCGUAAAUUUGACCAUUUCUAGUUUAAGGAAUGUGUAUAUCCCAUCAUCGAUAAAUGAUAAACUAGAGUCGUUAGCUGCAAAGACACCUAGCUUCGAUACAUUAAAGAAUAAAACAAAAAAUGAACUUUCAAUUCCAUUCAUUUAUGCUAGAAAUGAAGUAAAAAAAGUGAAUGUAACCAAUAUAUUUAGCAAUAAAAGUUUACUGUAUACCCCACCACUUACUGAUAUCAAUCUGAAUGGUACUGGAAUAUGCUCGUCAAAUAAACCAGAGAUUCAAUUAAUAUACAAAGAUUUAGUUAAAAGUGUUAAAGUUGUAACUACAAUUUUUAUUGUAUUGAUGUCAAUUGCAGCCGUUGUUGUACUUAUCCCUAUCGGAUAUGAGGAAUAUUGUAAAUGGUCAAGGUUAAGACAACUAAAUGAUACUUAUUCAUCGAAAGAAUCAUACUACUUAUCUGAUGAUAUCUCUGCUGUUAGCACAUUAAAGGAACCUCUCGAUGAUACACCAGAUAUAAUAUCAACUUAUUACACUAUAUUUAAUAGAUGGCAAACAAGAAUAUCCAAAAUGUUCCAAUAUUUAUUUACAUUAGGAAACAGAUCUAAUAUGACGAAGUUACAAAGGUCUAAAUUGGAAUGGUUUACUGCAUAUAUCACUUCUGAACGUGCAUUAAUAAUUCUAGGAAUUGGUAUAGUGGCCCUUUUGGUAUGUAUAUUCCAAUUAAUCAUACUAGCUGUGUUAAAUAAGAAACUCGAUCCUUCAAAUGGAGCCACUAUGACGAAUAAAAUAAAAACAUCAUUAAAUAGUAGUGAUACCUUGAAACAAGGUUUGACCACAUGGGGAUCCCAAACAAAUUUAUACAUAAACUCUACCGAAUCGUACAUCAAUAAAGAAGCCUUUGGAUGGAUCGAUGAAACCACAUCAGCUAUCAAUAAAACCGUGGCUACAAUGAUUUGGGAUAUCGAUACAGCACUGGGAGAUAUGUUUAAUGGGACGCUACUUUAUAAACCUAUGAAGACAGUUAUUAAAUGUGUUAUCGAGGAUAAACUGUAUGCUGUCGAGAAAGCCAUGACUUGGAUAAAUAAUAAAGCUCAUUUGAAUAUACCGAGGGUAAAUGUGACAGAGCUGGAAUCAAAUAUGUCGAACGGAGAAUCGUCGCCCAACAGUAAAUUCACUCAGAUAGUAAACGAGUUAACAGAUGAAAUGAAAACAGGUCUAAAGAAGAUAAUACAUGCUUUCCACAAGACAGCUAUGAUGGAACUUUACAUAUCAUUAGCCAUACUUGGUGUUUGGAUCAGUCAAAUCCCAAUUGGGCUUGUAAUAUUGUUGAUCAAGGAACAGCAAUUAAAUAGAUAUAUGGUUUCAAAGUAA